AAUUGGAGAUGGAAUUUGUUUGACAUAGAAUUACUGUUAUUGUUCAUUGUUUAUAUGGAAAUUGGCUGAUUUUGGUCAGGUGAGGUGAUUGUUGCUAUUUUCUGAUUGUUUAGAUUGCAUUUUAUGGGUAUUUCUAGAUUUGAUUUGUGUUUUGAGUAAUAGGAAAGAAAACUAAGCGGACUACGUGAAUCCAACAUUACAGAUUGUAUGCAGAGGUUAAUCAGGAGAAUGAGAAUGAAUCAAAGAGUACAGUUGGGUGAUCAAAGACUAUACUUAUAUACUGCUUGAAUGCUUGUGGAUGAGUGAUCAUACAAAUUAUGAGCUCUUUAUUUGGAUGUUUGUAGCCUAGUGUAGUAAUGCUUGGAUGUUUUUUUUCUAUAAAAAGAGUUGGAUUUGAGUUUGCUUUUGGUAUGUUCUGGAGCGUUUCUGAUUUUGACCACUUGCCGUGGCACGGAGGGUAUUUUUGGUUCGUUCUUUCUUGAGGGUGAUGGAUUAACUGUAUGUAAGUGAAUAAUUUUGAUAUAAGGCCUUUUAAUUGGAGUUUUAGUGGCCUGGUACAUGGCUAGUUUUGUUGGAAUGCCAAAGGGUUUGGAAGGCUUUCAUUCAUGAAACAGUUGACCAACUUGUUUGUAACACACAACCCUCUAAUCUUGGUCAUAACGGAGUCUCGUAUUACCGAAGAGAAGUUAGCCAUGGUUGAACAACAAUUUCCAAGUUCAUAUAACUAUGCAAUAUUUGGUGGUGUAGUUCUCAUAUGGGCUAACAAUGUCGUUCAACCGGUGUACGGCCAAAUGUCUGAUUAUGAUCUUGGAAUACAUGUUCAAGUCCAAUUUAAGACAAUAAAUCUACCGGAGGCCAUGGCCAUACCAGGUACCGCCCCACCGCCACCUCCGCAAAUUGAUGAGCACGAUCAUGGCAUGGAAGUGAUGGAAGAGAUGGAGGAGUAUGAAGAAUCAGACUGGUACUCAAAUGCGGGACUCGAUGAUGAUCCCACAAUCCACGACUGGAAUUUUGGUGGUAUUUGGUGAAGUCCCACUUGGAAAUUAACUUCAACCCUCUAUGUGAACUUAUUAUUGAAUGCGAACAAGUUUAAUAUUUAAAGUGUAAUAGUUUAGUAAUCAGAAUUUAAUAGGGAAAUAAAAGUGUAAUAGUCUACUGAAUAUUAUUGCAAUGACAAAUAUUUAUGACCAAUUAAGACAAUAUUCUGUUUCUUAACGA